AGCUAAUUCAAAAAAUAAACAACUGGACCACUCCAUUCUCAAUUAACCAAUAACCUCUCAGACCGUCCGUCCACUCGAAAAUGACCAGCCAAAGCAAUAGCAGCAGCAGCCUCUCAACCCGAAUCUCCCUCCGCUGGCUCCCCGACCCCGCCUUCGAAAACACCGACACCAUCGUCCUCUCUCUACUGGGCUGGUACGUCGACCUCCGUGUCGACAAAUCCACCGGUGAAAUCGACUGGGCGAUCGCCGGCCAACGCAUCGUAGAAAGCCAAGAGCCUCUGCGCGUGCUUUUCACACACGCCAUUGACUCGCAUAACGCGUUUGAGGCGGUCGAUUGUGGGACUUUUACCCCGCUGCCGAACGGGGAUGACCUUGAGAUUGGGUCGAUGCCGCGGUGGGAUCUCCCAGGUAAGCCGGUUAGGGAGUAUGAGGAGGUGUGGCGGGAGUUGCCCUUCCGGGAAGGUCCCGAGGGUCCGGGCAGGGGAGUUUCGUGGCGGGGGAGGAGUGGUCGGGAUGGGAGUACGGUGACGAGGAUGUUUAUUGGGAGGAUUUGGGGGACUUAUGUUGCGUUGCGUCAGGAGCAGAUGCACUAUAGUGGAGAUUCGAAGGCUGUGGUCAAGGAUGGAAGGGAGGCUAGCGCUAGACGGGAGGAGUGGGAUUCUGCGACUGGGUGGCAGGCGAAGUACGUCCUUGGCCCGGAUGUCGACAAAUUACCCUCCAUGACGACGAUUGGCACGGGAGACGGAGAUUGGAGCAUCGGCCGCGAAGUGGUGCUGAGCGGCCAAGCAUACAUUGUACGAGCGUUUGAAAGAAUUGAACAAGAAUGAUC